AUGCAGACAGGGGCAGUUCAAGAACAGCCUGAGCCGUGGAGUCCCCGCAAAACCCGCCGACUGACUGGUGGAAGUUUUUUUAACCACAGUCCCCGACCUUCUUCAAAAAUGGGGAACGUGCAGUCGGAGCCGUCCGCGGGCGGGGGUUCCCGAAAAGAGCAGGCCUCAGACCGCGCCUCCGACUCCCGCAGGACGCCUCUGGUGGAGCCCGAGGUGACCCCCUCAUCCCCUGCCAUGCGCCUGCCUCGAGGGCUGGGCGUCUGGUUCCCUGGCAGUUCCGGGCCCCCGGGACUCCUGAUACCCCCGGAGCCCCAGGCCUCAUCCUCGCCCCUACCCCUAACCUUAGAACUGCCCUCGCCAGUGACACCCCCUCCAGAGGAGGCGGCUGCUGCGGCGGUGUCCACACCACCCCCGCCCCCCGUGGGGACCCUGCUGCCCGCGCCAUCUAAGUGGCGAAAACCCACGGGCACUGCAGUGCCUCGGAUCCGCGGUCUUCUGGAGGCGAGCCAUCGUGGUCAGGGUGACCCUCCGAGCCUCCGCCCGCUGCCACCGCUGCCCCGGCAACUGACCGAAAAAGACCCGGUCCUGAGGGCCCCAGCCACACCUCCGACGUCCCUGGAACCUCGGAAACAACUACCACCAGCACCGUCGACUUGCGACCCGCAGCCCCCGAGCCGCAGAGUCACUCUGGCCUCGUCGGCCACAAGCCCUACAGAAAGCCAGGUCAGACACAGCAGCGAGGGUCAGGCAGCCGGGGGAGCCCACGGAGGGGUACCUCCUCAAGCCGGAGAGGGCGAAAUGGCUCGGUCCGCUACUUCCGAGUCUGGCCUGAGUCUGCUGUGUAAAGUCACCUUCAAGUCGGGGCCCCAUUUGUCCCCCACAUCGGCCUCGGGUCCCUUAGCAGCCAAAGCUUCACUCGGGGCCGGUGGUGGUGGUGGUGGAGGACUGUUUGCCUCUUCUGGGGCCAUCUCUUAUGCUGAGGUCCUGAAGCAAGGGCCCCAACCUCCUGGAGCCACUCGUCCCUUGGGAGAGGUUCCUCGUGCAGCUCAGGAAACCGAGGGUGGUGACGGAGAUGGCGAAGGGUGUUCUGGUCCCCCUUCGGUGCCUGCUCCCCUUGCCCGGGCUCUACCGCCACCCCCUUACACCACCUUCCCAGGUUCAAAGCCCAAAUUCGACUGGGUGAGCCCUCCUGAUGGCACUGAACGGCACUUCCGAUUCAAUGGGGCUGUUGGGGGAAUCGGGGCGCCCCGGCGGCGCACGACCACGCUCUCAGGGCCUUGGGGAUCCCCUCCACCAAGGUCAGGUCAGACACAUCCAACUUCAGGGCCGCGGAGGCCCACACCUGCCUUGCUGGCACCACCCAUGUUCAUCUUCCCAGCGCCAAACAAUGGCGAGCCUGUUCGCCCAGUGCCUCCAAAUCCGCAGCAGAUACCUCCUCUGCCACCACCACCGCCCACACCACCAGCCACGCCACCACCGGCGCCGCCACCCACACCACAGCCACCAGCGCUCCCGAGGACGCCGAUUCUGGUGCCCCGUCCGCCUACUCCAGGCCCUGGCCACUUAGAAUCAGCCUUGGCUCCCAGCCCUCCCUCCACUUCAUCCCCGACUGCAGCUGCCGACCAGGCCCCAGCCCCGCCUCCAGCCCCAGUGACAUCCCAAGUAUCAGCAACCACCACCGCUGAGCUGUCCCCGCCAAUGCCCCAGCCCAAGAUUCGUACACGCAGGAACAAAGGUCCCCGGGCGGCCCGGGGUGUUAUCCGUGAAGAAGGGACUUCUGGAGAUGGCCCUCGAGAACCAAACACGGCUCCGGUGACUGACAGCAGCAGUGGAGGGGGUGGCGGUGGUAGCAACGGAACCUCCACAGCUGGGGCCUCUAACAAGGGAACAGCAAGGCACUGGCCACCUUUCGAGGUGCUUAAUUCCUGUCCCUGCAAGUGCUACUGCCGCCAUCAACGCCGUCACCGUCGUCUGCCACGCAACGUAUCUGCCUGGCUGAGUACACCCACCAACCACCUGAGUGAGCCGCCCUGGGUAGCCACCGUCAAGCUGGCUGGCUCCCUAGUAGCUGGCCUGGAGCACUACGACUUACAGGCCACCCAUUCUACCUGAGUGCAACUGCCCAACCCCCUCUGCCUCACC